ACAAAGUUAGUUAUACGUACUUUGCUUAUUUUCUAUUUUUUUUUCAAUUCGGCAGCUAACAUUUGUACAGUUAAUCACAACCGUUAAAUUACGCAUCGCCGGCGAUCUGUAAACUCCGAUCACCUCUCCGUGAUCUGACUAACAAUGUCAUGGUUGGCUCGAUCAAUCGCCAACACCCUGAAUCUGGACGACGACACAAACGUCGUCGUUCCACCUCCUAAUCCAGAUCACUCCACUGACAAUCCAAAACCGGAAAAUCAUCAACAGACAGAGGAUUCAUCUUCACCGACAUCGCCUUCACGUGGCGUCAAAGAGGAUCUCUCGGAGCUAACUAAAACACUAACCAGUCAAUUUUGGGGAGUCGCAUCAUUUCUAGCUCCACCGCCACAAUCCGAUUCAUAUAAGCCUAUUGAUAACUCCAAAUCGGAUCUUCAUGAGGAGGAAUCCGACCCGGCGGCGGGGAUUGUAGGUUUGCAGACUGACUUUGCUGAAAUCGGUGGGAAGUUCAGGAGCGGAAUAUCUUCACUGUCGAGUAAUAUGGCGGUGUCAGAAAUUACUAAAAUGGCUUCGAAUUUACUGCAGUUGGGACCGGAAGAGGAGGAAAGCUAUGAUAUGGAGAAAGGUGUUGUCGGUGUUACGGAAGAAGUAGUGGCUUUCGUUAGGGACAUUUCGAUGCAUCCUGAAACUUGGUUGGAUUUCCCUUUGCCUGAAAAUGAAGAUGUUGAAGAUUUCUACUUGUCUGAUGCACAGCAAGAGCAUGCAUUAGCUGUUGAACAACUUGCCCCAAGAUUACCUGCUUUGAGAAUUGAGCUCUGUCCAAUUUACAUGAAUGAAGCGCGCUUUUGGGAGAUCUACUUUGUACUUCUUCACCCUCGACUGGAUAAGCAAGAUGCUAAGCUUUUGUCAACACCACAGGUUCUCAAAGCCAGGGCCUCAUUGGCACAAGAGUUGCAUAAGCGAACUAAGCCAAUAGAAGAAGACUGGCCAGUGAAGAGGACUUCUGAAUCAAAUGACAGAAAUAACUCUCGGCAUGAAGAGAUUGUCUCAGUGCCGUCCACUGCGCUUUCUGCAGAUGUGGUUCAUGAGAUGUCUAGUGUGGAAUCGAGCACUUUUACUGCAGUACCUGUCCCUGCUACCGAGAAGCAGCCUGUCCUUAGUAGUGAAAGCCAAGUUGUUGACAAACCAGUGGUUGAAGGAGAACUUGUUACCCAUGGUAAUGUUGAAAAGCAACCUGUUAUUAGCCAUGAAAUCCAAAUUGUUGACAAACCAGUGGUUGAAGGAGGACUUAUUACCCAUAGUAAUGUCGAAAAGCAGCCUGUGAUUAGCCGUGAAAUCCAAAUUGUUGACAAACCAGUGGUUGAAGGAGGACUUAUUACCCAUAGUAAUGUUGAAAAGCAGCCUGUCGUUAGCAGUGAAAUCCAAAUUAUUGACAAACCAGUUGUUGAAGGUGGAGUUGCUACCCAUAAGAAUGUUGAAAAGCAGCCUGCGAUUAGCAGUGAAAUCCAAAUUGUUGACAAAUCUGUGGUUGAAGGAGGACUUGCUACCCAUAAGAAUGUUGAAAAACCACAAUCUGUUUCCACUAUUAAGUUACAAGAGAGUGACGGAGAUGAUGGUGAUGAUUGGUUAAAGGAAGAAGGCACAGAAUUUGUAGGUGUUAGUAAGACCACCAUUCCGAUUGACAAUGAGGAGGAUGUAUCAUUUAGUGAUCUUGAAGAGGACGACAUGGACGUGCCUGAAAAUGUCUAGAAAGUAAAUUACAGUUUUGAUAAAGACUCUCAAGAUUGUGUUAAGGAGAGAAAAGCUCCACCAACUUGUCAAAAAUGCCAACUUUUUUCGAUCCACCACAUAAACGUCCAUACCGCUGAUAACAAAGAGCCCAGCGACUGGCUGAGUGUUGAUGAAUGAUGGCAUUGAGGUUGCUUGAUACAAAGUAAGAUUUUGAAUAUAGUUUUCCUCCCACUCAUUUCUUUUUUAUGUUGUGAAUAGGUUUUUUGGUUCUAAAUGCUGAACUCUUUGCUCUCUGGGGGUAAUGAUUCUAUAACAUUAAGUUUGUACAUAGAACACGAAAUGAAAAAUUACUAUUUUUUAAAAAUUAUGUUUGGCACUGCCGAGCCAAUGAAGGGAGGUCGAUUGAAUCACCGAUCUGGUUUAGUAUCAAGGUGAUUCUUUUUAUGUUCCUAUAUAUAUGGGUCGGUGCAGCAUUUCCACGAUACCAUUAUGAUCGAUUAAUGGGACUUCCUUCCAAUCCAAGUCGGCGAAGCCUCCCCUAUAUCUAACCACCGCGCACCCCCAUCAAAUAUUAGCAUAAAGACGGAUAUUCCUUGCUAAUUAUCAGAAAAUCACUUAUUCACAAACUUCGUGUGGGAAAGUAAUUUUCAUAGAAAACCCUUCAAAAUAAUUUGGAGGGGCAACUCCAAACCUAUUUCUAUUUUUUCCUCUAGACUCUAUAUUUGAAGGGGUGAAUACUUUGAAAAAUUAUUGAAUGUCUUUGUAAAAGGAUCCAUUUAACCCAUUUUCUCACCUCAUUUGUGAUCAUGAGUAUCACCGGUAUUAAAUGUUUUUUUUUCUUUUUUAUUUAUCAGUUUUUCAUGUCUAUUCGAUUUCUUAGUAAAGUGAUAGUGGAAUGGAGAUCAUCUGCUUCA